GCCGGCCAUGUUUUUGACUGCAUGUUUUGUGCGCCCAUCCGCAAUGAGUUUCUGCAAACCAAUUCAAAUAGUAAAUAAAAAAAUAUUAAAUUAACACACGAAGAAAAUGACAAAACCUGCGUUAGAACAAAACAUCUUUAUGCUCAGCGAAAAAAAUGAGCAUGAAAGAAAUCAAAUUGAACGCUUAUCGAAAUUGCAAUGGUUGAGCGACUAUGCAAUCGACAUCUUCAAAACGAUGAAGGAGUCAGAGAUGCGUCGUCGUCCCGUACUCUAUAUGUCCACACAAAUGGACCAGCGGCCAAAGCUGCUGCAGCUUUGCCAACUGAUCACGAGGACCUAUAGAUUGAGUCGAUCCGCUUUGCAUUUGGCCAUUUAUUAUCUGGACAGGCUGAUUGAUUUCUAUACCAUCCGAGUGGACAAACUGCAGCUGAUUGCCUUAACCUGCCUGCACAUAGCUGCACAGAUCGAGAAUCAGGAUGCGUUUGUGCCGCGCUACAGUGAAAUGAAUCGCCUGAUAAAGAAUUCUUAUACGGCUUUCGAGUACAAGGCCGUGGAGCGUAAGGUGCUUACUUUCUUCGAGUUCAAUUUGAUGCGACCUACGACGGCGAGCUUUGUGGAAAUGUUUGCCUGCAGCUUCCUGACACGCGAAGAUUAUGCAGCCUAUUGCCAGCAACUCGAUGAGCACCCCUCGCUGGCAGUCAACUAUCCGCGCUUUAAUUGCUUUGAGCAAAUGUUGGCCACACUCGCUCAGCUGCUGCUGCGCAUUUCCGAUUACACGCUGUGCAUUAACAGUCUUUGUAAUGAGCCGCCUUCCCUGCUAGCUGCCAGCUGCAUUGCAGCUACGAGACAGGUGUGCGGAAUUCCCAAGCGCUGGACGCCCUAUCUAACCCAAUUGACUAGCUAUACAGAGCAGAUGGUAGAGCCAUGUGUGGAAUUUAUUGUAAUAUAUCACUAUUAUCAGGCUACAACAGCUGUUAAGGAGCAACAGCUAUUGGAGAGCAGCAACUGGUCCAGUCCGGAUUCUGGUUUUGAGGAGCAGCUCUUAAAGCCCCAAAUGAAAAUUGUCUCAGUUGAAAUGGAAGCCUUCAAUGUAAUCACAGUGCAGUUGCAAGCAACUGCCAAACGUAGUCGAGAAGAGGUUUACGAGGACCAACAAACGAAGCGUUUCAGAAUGGACGAAAAUCAAGGACACACUUAGGAUUACUAUACAUUAUUAUAACAAUUUAUAUAUAUGCACAAUCACAAUUGAAAUAGUUUGUUGUAUUAUCUAUUUGUUAAGAGAAAUCAAAUGAAGUUUAAGUAUUUCGUUUGAAAAUAAGGACUCGAUGUUUAUGUUUAUACACAAUUC